UGGAAAAGAUGGCGGAUGUUCAGUUGGCACCUUUAAGAACCAUCGGGGAUUUCUUAUUGGAAUCUGCACGCUUUCAGAUCCCAAACAUCAAAGACCCAGAAAAAUGGGCCAAUCGAGUGCUGAACAAUCUACUUUACUAUCAAACCAACUAUUUCCUAACAGCGAUAAUAGCAUUUUUAAUCAUAGGAAUUAUUCACCCAGUCAAGAUGGUGUGUGGGUUUGUAGCUAUUUCGGUGGCGUUUGGAGGGUUUGUGUAUUGCACAAGUUCUCAGUGGAAGGCAAGAAGGUUCAAGCGAGACCAUCCAAUCAUAAGUGUGAUUGUCAUCCUCCUCGCCGGUUACCUGUUAGUGUAUAUGGUCGGAGCUGUUAUUGUUUUCAUGUUUGGGAUUGCCUUCCCAUUGCUGUUGAUUUUGAUACAUGCCUCUCUUCGUAUGAGAAACAUUAAGAACAAAGUUACAAACAAGCUGGAAUAUGUGGGACUGAAGCGUACACCCAUGGGCAUCAUUCUGGAAGGUCUGGGCCAAGAACAAGAGGCUGGAUCGUAGACACCCUCCAAUAAAACAUACCAGGAUCUUUUAUUUAUUGUCGGAAAGAAUUAUGUACAAAAUAGCUUAAUCCUCAUAGGUCAUAAAAUGUUAAUUUAUCUCCAAUUUACUUUGUAGUUUUUAAUGAGAAUUGUUGUGGUGGUGUUUUUUGCUAUGCUAAUUUUAUAAAGAUAAUAAUACUACAUGUAAUCCAACAUCUUUUUUGAAAGGUAUUAUUGUAAUGGAAUUCUAAUUUAUUUAGUAAUAACUAAUAUGAUCAUUUUGUUUUUAUAAUUAACUUUUUUGCUUAUAAUGCAUUGUUUUCAUAUUUAUGUACUGGUAUGCAACUAUCUUGUUAAAGAUAAAACACUCACAUUUCUUGCCUUGUAGAUGAUAUGGUAUGUUCGACAUUGUGUACAUGUAUAUUGUUUACGCAUUUCAUGUAAAUCAUACAAGUUAGAACUUUUUAUGAGAUAAAUUAUCAUACAAAUAUUUAUGUAACAAUUAGUGAUGAAUUAUAAAAAUAAUAUCUAAAAAGGUUAUCUUCUCAAAGAAAGUAAUUUAAAGGCUUUUAGCUUGCAGCAUGUUGAAACCAGUAAGUCUGCUGUGAGGCAAUAUAAUUAUGAACAAUUUCUGAUGAUUUGUGUAUACAUGUGUAUUUAUGAUGAUAAACAAUACAAUAGAGGAUUACCUAUUUGUGCAAUAUUUGAAAGACUCCAAUUGUUUUACAUUAUUUAACUUGUUUAUCAUUAUGAUGCAUUUGAUUUUCAAUUUAGUUUUAAGGCAUUACAUAGUGAAAAAACCGAAUUGCUUGAAGUUUAAACUUACAUUCUUUGAAGAUAUAAUCUUGGCGUAUUAAUGUCUACUAACAUGUUUAAAUUGUAUACUGUUUUGUGUUGUAUUAAGAAGUAUUUGAAUCUGCCAAAGUUUUUCAAUUUUAAAUUACAUGUGUUAAAUUCUCAUAUUAUUACUAUAAUUGUUUUUAUAUGUAAAGAAGCAUUAUCGUAUUGUUGCCUUUAUGCCAAUUGUGUGUGCAGUUUGUUUUGUUGUUCAAAGGUAGAACUACAGGAUCUGUAACAAAUUAUGCUCAAUGCAUGUGAUUGCUUUUACUAAUCAAUAUGUUGAGGUACUGGAACAAUAACCUUAUUACCUAUGUUUAAUAGCUUAAUGCUCAAACAAUACUGAACUUUUCAAAGAACAUGCAACCCAGUUGAAUUGGGUAAUGUGAUAGCAGGAAGUGAGUGCUCUACAUAAGAAGGGUAUUGGAGUAAGUGCCCUUUAAACUUGUUAAAGUAUUAUUUAGAAAUUUUAAGUAGGAGUUGCCAUUUCACUUAAGAAAAUUACAAACUAUUUGCCAGCAAUGAAAAUUGAAUCUGCCAAAAGGUAAAUUUAAGAAGAAAAAAAAGAUAACAUAUUUUUUCCAAAGGGGCAUAUCAACUGUUAAUACAGUAUGAUAAAUUAAAUAAUACGAUCAUCUUUUACUAAAUAUUUAUUUAUUGGCUACCUGACAUGUAUGUCUGGUUUUAAUAAACGCUCAAUAAAAAAGGGAAACUUUGCGGGUGCGGGAAAAUCAAGAGUAGAAAUAAAAAUUUUCUGAAUGAAAUGUACAUGAAGCAUCGCUUUAUGAUAUACACUAUCAAUAAUAGGACUAUAACAUUCUGUCCUUCUCUUGACAGGACUUAUUAUGUGAAUACUCUUAGCAGAUGGGUGGUGAAGCAGGCAGCUUUCAAUUCUCUAAUAUUGAAAUUUUCGGUUCAAGCACCCUCAAUUUUCAUUGAAUCUUCACCAAACUUAAUGAAAAUGUUUGUUGACAUUAAACGAAGGCCAGGUUGGAUAACCCGUAAAAAAAUUAGCCAUGCAUUUAUAUUAUUGGAAAAAAAGUACGUUUUAAAGCAGACUUAAGUGAAGCUCCCGAAAUACCAUUGACAAAUCAACCAAUCCUAUCCUUUACAGCUGAUGGUCAUGGAGUAAAGGGGUAAAAUGUUAUUUCUAACAGUUGAAUAAAUUGCUUAUUUUUCUUAAAUUUGUUUAAGAAUAAGCUGCUGAAGCUGUUAUCAGUUUAUAGAAUUUCAAACAAUUCCAUUGUGUAAUUCCUUUAACGUCGACCAUACAAAUCAACAAGUUUUAAUUUGUCAACAUUGAAAAUUGUUUGAGCUUUAAUAAUUUUAAUAAAUUAACACAAUAUUUGGUAAUGGUAUUUUAAAUCAUACCAGGUAAACGGCCUUAUUUGUUGUUUUGUGUAUUUAAGACGAUGUUAUUUAUUUGAUGCAACUAAUUUAUGUGAAACUGUCAGUUGUUUUAAUUAAUAGCACUGGUUUACUUUGUGAAUAUGUAUAUAUUUAAUGGGAACCAUUGUUUACAAGCCCGGUUUAAAGCGUGAAUUGUUAUAGUGUGACUUUAAUGCAUUUAAACACUUUUUAUGUCCCCCACUAUAGUAGUGGGGGACAUAUUGUUUUUGCCCUGUCUGUUGGUUGGUCUGUUGGUUGGUUUGCGCCAACUUUAACAUUUGCAAUAACUUUUGCAAUAUUGAAGAUAGGAACUUGAUAUUUGGCAUGCAUAUGUAUCUCAUGGAGCUGCACAUUUUGAGUGGUGAAAGGUCAAGGUCAUCCUUCAAGGUCAAAGGUCAAAUAUAUGGGUCAAAAUCGCUCAUUUAAUUUACACUUUUGCAGUAUUUCAAUAUUUAAGAAAGCAACUUGAUAUUUGGCAUGCAUGUGUAUCUCAUGGAGCUGCACAAUUUGAGUGGUGAAAGGUCAAGGUCAAGGUCAUCCUUCAAGGUCAGAUGUCAAAUAUAUGUGGCCAAAAUCGCUCAUUUUAUGAGUACUUUUGCAAUAUCGAAGAUAGCAACUUGAUAUUUGGCAUGCAUGUGUAUCUCAUGGAGCUGCACAUUUUGAGUGGUGAAAGGUCAAGGUCAUCCUUCAAGGUCAGAGGUCAAAUAUAUGUGGCCCAAAUCGCUAAUUUUAUGAAUACUUUUGUAAUAUUGAAGAUAGCAACUAGAUAUUUGGCAUGCAUGUGUAUCUCAUGGAGCUGCACAUUUUUAGUGGUGAAAGGUCAAGGUCAUCCUUCAAGGUCAAAUAUAUGGGUCAAAAUUGCUCAUGUAAUGUCACUUCUGCAAUAUUGAAGCUAGCAAUUUUAUAUUUGAAAUGCAUGUGUAUCUCAUGGAGCUGCACAUUUUGAGUGGUGAAGGGUCAAGGUCAUCCUACAAGGUCAAACAUCAUAUAGGGGGACAUUGUGUUUCACAAACACAUCUUGUUAAAAUUUCAUGUUUAUCAAUUACAUUAUUUUUGCUGGUCAAAAUGUGUUUUAAGUGGUACUUACACAUAAUUUAUUUGAGAAAAUUCUGCCAAGUUGUUUGAAUAUAUAGUGAUACUGUUCAGCUACAGCUUCAGUGGCCAUAUGUUUGAUUCCAUUUUCAAAUGCAUGCACUCUUAGUUGUUGUGGGUAGUAAAAUAAUUAAAUGUUGUCUUAGAUGUUCACCCAAAAAAAAACAAAACAACUGAAACUUUGUAUGUGUUUUCUCGUUCAGAUACCUACAAAGAUGUGUUUAAACAUUCAAA